CCGGCAUUCGUAACCAGAUUACAGUUCGAAGACGAUUUCAGUGCUAAAGCACUGCAACUCUACAAGUGUGCCUCCACGAAGACGUGAAUUAAGAAGAAAAAUGUCGUUGCUACCUUUUAUUCUCGGCUACGAUCAGCCUCAUCGACUUUUUGACCAGGACUUCGGCUUGGCUUUAACUCCAGAUGAUCUCCUUACUGUUGCCGUUUCCCCACUUUCAUCACGAGACUACUACAGACCCUGGCGUCAGAUGGCGGCUGCUGCGAGGGACGUCGGAUCCACCAUCAAGUCGGACAAAGAUAAAUUCCAAGUCAACUUGGACGUGCAGCAUUUCAAACCUGAGGAAAUAACUGUGAAGACUGCAGACGGUUACAUAGUCGUGGAAGGAAAACACGAAGAAAAGAAAGAUGAACACGGCUUUAUAUCCCGUCAGUUCACUAGACGAUACGCACUCCCGGAAGGUUGUAAUCCAGACACAGUAGAGUCACGGCUGUCUUCAGAUGGAGUGCUGAGUGUUAUUGCUCCGAAAGUGCCAUCAGUAUCGAAGAACGAACGAAGCGUCCCCAUCGCCCAGACCGGACCCGUGAGGAAGGAGAUCAAGGAUCAAACCUCACAAGCCGAAGAAAAUGGCGAAAAUUAAAUCGUUUUAAAUGAUAAUGUCUUUUGCUAGCUCAAGUUUAAAGGCUGCUUUUUUCUUACAUUGAGUUUAAGCUUUAAUUUAUUGUGAUAUUAUUUAAUUCGUUUAUAGAACAAGUUCACCUUGAAACCCUAAACCCUUAUAAUGCAGAGCGGUUGUAAGCCCUUAUUUAAACUAAUUGACGUUUGUGUUUGUAGUUGUUUGUGUCUAAAUAAAAGUUGCCAACCCUAA